AUGGGUUAUGAAUUUUGCGAGUCUUCUCUUUCUAACUCCGUUGGAACACGAGUUGUGGACAAUGUGGUAAAGCCGGUGGGACGUCAACUUGAUUAUGUCCGCCGCUUUCAUGACAAUGUUGAAAAGCUCGUGGAAAAAAAAGGUGAACUUGUAAGGUCACGAACUCGUCUGCGUCAUGAGACUGACUUUGCUGAAAGGCAGCUUUUACAUAUUGAAGAUGAUGUACGGGAUUUGCAAACGAAGGCAGUGGAAAUCCUAUCGAAUGUGGAAACUUUGGAAAUGGAAAUUCAACAGAAUAAGAGGUGUCUCAAUUGGUGUCCUAAUUGGAGUUGGAGAUAUCGAUUAAGCAAGAAAGCAAUGAAGAAAACUCUGGAUAUAUCUGAGCUUUUGGAGAAGAUCAACAAAUUUGGUCAACCUGGACGAGUCGGUUACCGUGCUCCUAAUACCCUUCCCACCAUAGAAUUCCUAUGCUCUAAGGAAUUUGUGGUUUCGGAAUCUUCAAAGAUUGCUUUCCAUCAAAUCAUUGAAGCCCUACAAGAUGACAAUAUCAGCAUGAUUGGAUUGUGGGGGAUGGGAGGGGUGGGCAAAACCACCUUGGCUCGUGAAGUUGGAAAUCAAGCUGAAAAGCUGAACUUGUUCAAUAAAGUUGUGAUUGCAACUGUGUCUCAAAAGCCAAACUUCGAAGCAAUUCAAGAUCAAAUUGCACAAUACAUAGACUUUGAUAUGAAGAAUGAACGAGGAAGAAGAUCAGUGCAAGAUUUAUGGCUCAGACUGAAGAAUGAACAGAGGAUUCUUGUUAUCCUUGAUGAUGUUUGGACAUAUAUCAACUUAAAGGAGAAGAUAGGAAUUCCGACCGGUGAAGAUCAUAAAGGCUGCAAAGUUCUUUUAACAACACGCCGCCAACAAGUAUGUCUUGCUACGGAUUGUCAAAAGGUGGUACAACUGGGUUGUUUAGAUGGCGAUGAAGCUUGGACUUUGUUUGCAAUGAAAGCAAGUCUAAAUGGCUCUGUUGAUGACGCUAUUAGAAAGGUGGCAACUAAAAUCAUCAGAAAAUGUCAAGGUUUGCCCAUUGCUAUAGUUCCGUUGGGAAGUGCUUUGAAAGGUAAAAGUUGUCACGAGUGGAAAACGGCAUAUCGGAGACUCAAAGAUCGUAGAUUAACUGAAAUUGAAGAUGUUAAUGAAGAAAAUGCUUAUCUAUGUCUUGAGGCGAGCUUCGAUUACUUGAAGGGUAUGGAGACGAAGACAUGUUUCUUAUUGUGCUCUUUAUAUCCCGAAGAUCAUGAGAUUUAUGUGGAGGACUUGGUGAGAUAUGCAUGGGGAUUGGAGUUGUAUAAAGGCAUCAACUCAAUUGAAAAAGUUAGAAGCGAAGUGCUUGCAUCGAUUGAGAUCCUCAAGAACUCUUGUUUGUUGUUAGAUUGCGAAGAAAGGCAUGUCAAAAUGCAUGAUGUGGUUCGUGAAGUUGCUUUAUGGAUUGCAUCCUCCAGAGAGGAGUUUUCUUUUGCGAGUGUUGGAACAUUGCCGAUGGAUGAAAGUUUCAAGCAUUUCAUGGCAAUCUCCUUCAACACUGAUCAACUGGGUGAACUUCCCAAAGGAUUGGUUUUCCCAAAUCUCAAAUUUCUUUUACUUAGAGGAACAGGUAAGGAUCGCAUGGAAACUUCAAGUGAAUUCUUUGAGGGUAUGAAAGCAUUAAAAGCUUGUGCUUUGGAUCAUCAGUUGAUAUCUCGAGUUCCAUUUCAAUUUCAAAUCAACCUUAAAACUUUGAAUCUGCGUUACUCUAGAUUCUCUGACAUCUCAAUGAUUGGGAAGUUGAAGACACUUGAGAUUUUUUCUUUAAGUGAAUCUCGUAUCUCUGAAUUACCGAACGAAAUUGGUGAUUUAGAAAAUCUAAGACUGUUGGAGUUGUCAAAUUGCAAAGAACUACGAAGAAUCCCUUAUCGAUUAAUACAAAGAUUGUCCAAUUUAGAAGAACUAUACUUUCAUGGUUGUUGGUCAAUGAAAUGGGCGACUGAGAACACAACUGAAAACGAAUGCUAUUCUAGCCUAUCAGAGUUGAAUUUAUUGCCCAAGUUGGGUGUUCUAUCGUUGGAUUUGGAUCCUCAACAUCUUCCAGAUGGCUUUGUGUUUCCUAAAUUAUGGAAGUUUGAUGUUUGGAUUAGGUCCAAUUGGUGGACGUCAUUUAAACCUUGUCCAAUCUCAAGAUCUUUGAGAAUAAUUGACAUUAAGUCCAUAGAUGCAUGCAAGCAACUAUUUGAAGAUGUAGAAUCUCUUGACCUAAAAACAGUGCAGGGCUAUCCAAACCUUAUUCCAAGCUUGGAGUUGGAAUUCAGUAAGUUGACUUCUCUAGGUCUUGAUAGUUGCGAUGGUAUGAAAUGCCUAAUUGAUGCAUCAAAGCAACAGGUGCCAACCACUGCAUUCUCUAAUUUGAGAAGCUUAUCAUUAGCAUCUAUGCUUGCUUUAGAAGAGCUGUGCAAUGGCCCACAACCACAAGGUUUCUUACAAAAGUUAGAAACCUUGUCCUUACAGGAUUGCAAUGAAAUGAUUGGUGCAAUUCCAAUUUCACAAAAUCUUGAAGCGCUUCAAGUUCAUCAAUGUGGUAAAAUGCAAAUGCUAUUCCACACUGUUGAAUUGAGAAGCAUAGAACAGUGGCCCAAUCAUCAUUUAAGCCUCCAAAGUCUAAAGGUUGUACAAAUAAGUGACUGCAACAGUUUGAAAUAUCUCUUCCCAAUGUCAGCUGCUAAUAAUAGCCUUGGGCAAUUGCAAUCUCUGGAUAUACGGAGAUGCUCACAAUUGGAAGAAAUAAUACAAGGGACAGAAGUGUUAAACAUAAGCCCCCAAAGUCUAAGGAAAAUAAGAGUAAGUGAAUGCAAUAAGUUGACAUCUCUUUCCUCAUUGUCCCAUGGUCACAGGUUGCAGGAGUUAUCAGUGGACGAUUGUCCGCGGUUGACACCUCUUAUCAUUUCGGCUAAAAUACAAAAAUUGGAGCUACGGAGAAUGACAAGUGAGCAAUUGAGCAAUUUGGAUAUAUGUAAUUGUGAAGAAGAGGAGCAGAUUACUGAGAAGGAUCAAACUUCAUCACAUGAUCAUCAACUCCAACCUAUUUGCUUUCCUAAUUUGACUCUGAUUAGUAUCUUCAAUUGUGAAAACUUAAACUGUCUCUUCCCGAUCACUGUUGCUCAUGGAAGCUUUCCAAAACUUCUAAGUGCGUCUAAUUUGCAAACUCUGGAGAUAAGGAACUGUUCCCAGUUGGAAGAAAUAAUCCAAGAUCCACAAGUGUCAAACAUAGGCCUUCAAUGUUUAAGGGAAAUAAAAGUUGAAAACUGCAAUAAUUUGAGGUAUCUUUUCCCGAUGUCUAUUGCUAAUAGCCUUCAGGGAUUGCGAACUCUACAAAUAAGUCGGUGCUUUGGAUUGGAAGAAAUAAUCAAAGCAAAAGAGGCUGCCAACGUAUGUCUCCAUAGUCUAAUGGAAGUAUUUGUACGUGAAUGCAACAAGUUGACAUCUCUUGCCUCAUUGUCCCAUGGUCACAUAUUGAAAAGUUUGACAAAUCUAGAAAUUUACGAUUGCCUUCAAUUGGAAGACACUUUUCCAAUCUCAAUGGCUCAAGGUCUUCCUCUAUUGAAUGAGGUUGUGUUGGAAAAUUUACCUCAAUUCAAAGGAAGGGGUGGAAACGAGGUUGUGCUUACCCUUUCAUCAUUGCAGAAGUUAAAAGUGGUGAAUUGUCCUGACUUGACACCUUUUAUCAUUUCAGCUAAAAUAAAAGAAUUGACCCUUCUGAUGAUGAAAGGAAGGAAGAAAAUGAGCAACAUGAUGGGGAGAGGAGGAUCAUCAAAGCUUAAGAUACAUAUUCUCACCUACCAUUGCUCAAUAUUUGCCACGAUUGAGCGAGUUACAUAUAUCUGA